UUCAUUGGUAAUCGAUGAUAUUACUUUGAACGAGGAUCUUGAAGAAUUGGAACUCGAAUGGCCUUCUUCAGACUCUGAACUUUCUGAUCACAAACGUUCUUGUUAUACACUCCGAGAAGUUACAGCACGAGAUGCAGAAAAUGGAACGGAUGUGCAAGGAAUUAAUUGGGAUUCUUUCAAUGUAACACGGCAAAGAUAUCGUGAAGUUCGCCUUAAGAAUUAUAAAAAUUAUGAAAAUGUUCAAGGGUCCUAUGAUCAAAUAAAAGAGUUUUAUAUUUCUAAUGAUGAUCUAUUUAUAGAUUCAUCACGUAUCAAUUAUUGGAAUUCUAUUAUGAAGAAAUCUAAAGUCGCAUUGGAUUUAGAUCAAGCUUUUGAAAUCAGUACAAUCGCAUGCAGGAAUAAUUUUUUACUUGUUGGAUUAUACGGCGAGUUUGCAUGCCGGCGUCUUGAUGCCGAACCGAUACAUUUUGGAACAGUAACUACAGAUGCAAAUGGUAUAACAAAUCAUAUGGAUAUCAUUGAAUCUCGAACUGGAAGCACUGUUGCUGUGAUAUCUAGCAAUGACAAAAAAUCCCGAAUAAUGGACCUCGCGUCAUUAAAGUUUAUCGACACAUACGAUUUUGAAUGGGCUGUUAAUUGCACAUCAGUCAGUCCAAACAGAGAUCUUUUGUGUGUUGUAGGCGAUGAUACAGAAACUAUGAUCGUUAGUUCAGAAACAGGCAAAGUUGUAUCCGUUCUAAAAGGUCACAUUGAUUAUUCGUUUGCAUGUUGCUGGAGUCCAAACGGAAGAAUAAUUGCGACAGGAAAUCAAGAUAAAACCACUAGAUUAUAUGAUACAAGGAAUAUGUCAAAAUCAUUUGCUGUAUUGGGUGCUAAAAUAGGAGCUGUAAGAUCACUUCAGUUUUCAGCAGACGGACGAUAUCUUUCAAUGGCAGAACCUGCAGAUUUUGUUCAUGUAUUUGAUGCACAUACUUUUGAAAGAUCACAAGUAUUUGAUUUAUUCGGUGAGAUUGCAGGGGUCACUUUUACACCAGAUUCAGAAGGAUUAUAUAUUGCAAAUGCCGAUGAAAAUUAUGGGUAA